GCAUUUUCGGAAGGGACUGCGUCCACAUUUGACUACUCCUUUAAAGAGACAGCACCUUUCAUAGUGAAAAACGCCCUCGGUGUUCCUCUCAAAGUGCUUCCUGGCUCCAGUUUUCGGAUAGUUAAUUCAGUUGAAAAAGAAAACGUGAACGAUGUAGAAAUUGGUCAGAACAUGGAAUUGGAAUACUCUGCUUUUGAAGUACCCCAACGAGGAAAGUUGUCUGCAUUGCACCGACAAGAAAGCUCCGUCUUCUCUUUAAAUUUAGAACUUCAAGGAUAUAAAGAAGCAGUAAACAUUCCCAUAGCCAAAUCGGGUCGACGACUGUACAACAUAAGAAGCUUUUUUGCUGAUCAUUCAGACUCGAUCGUUGUACAGAUAGAUGCUACAGAAGGAAAUAAGGUUAUUACUGUACGGUCUCCUCUGCAGAUCAAGAACCAUUUCUCGAUCCCAUUUAUGAUCUAUAAGCUGGCUAAAGACUCCAAGUUGUUGGAGCCGAUUGGCGUAUCCAAGCCGGAAGAGGAAUUUCACGUUCCUUUACAUUCAUACAGGUGCCAUCUGUAUGUUCGACCAACAGGAGUGUUGGAGGGUCAGUUUAAAGAGUCCACAACUUACAUUGCCUGGAGGGAAGAGCUACAUCGGAGCAAUGAAGUCAAGUGCUUGUUACAGUGCCCAGCCACUGAGUCAAAUUUCCUGCCUCUCGUAAUCAGCUCGACAGCUGUACCUGAUCAACUGAAUUUUAUUUCAACCCACGGAGAGGAUUGGGAUCCUGCCUACAUUAUCCAUCUUCAUCCGACACUGACUGUGAGGAAUCUUUUACCAUACUCCUUGAGAUAUUUACUUGAGGGAACAGCAGAAGCCCGUGAUUUGGUGGAAGGGAGUGCUGCAGAUGUUUUUCAUUCAAGAAUCAGUGGAGAAAUAAUGGAGCUUGUGUUGAUAAAAUAUCAAGGCAAAGACUGGCACGGGCAUCUUAGAAUUCAUGAGGAGAUGCCUGAAUUUUUUUCUGUGGGUUUCGCAUCCCAUUCUGCGACAGCGAUGACGGUGGAUAUUUAUGUACAUACCAGGCGAACUGGAAGCCGUAUGAUCUUGUCUGUGUUCAGCCCUUAUUGGAUAAUCAACAAGACUUCCCGUGUUCUCCAGUAUCGAGCUGAAGACACUCACGUGAAGCAUCCAGCAGACUAUAGAGAUAUUGUAUUGUUCUCCUUUAAAAGGAAAAAUAUUUUUAGUAAAAAUAAGAUCCAGUUAUGUAUUUCAACUAGCACUUGGUCGAGUGGCUUUUCCCUUGAUACCGUAGGAAGCUAUGGAUGUGUCAGGUGCUCAGCUAACAACAUGGACUAUCUGGUUGGAGUUAGCAUCAAAAUGAGCAGUUUUAACCUUACCAGGAUAGUUACCUUCACUCCAUUCUACACAAUUGCAAACAAAUCUUCUCUAGAACUUGAAGUUGGAGAAAUGGGUCCUAAUGGCUCUUUUCCAACCAAUAAAUGGAAUUACAUCUCGGCCUCAGAGUGUCUUCCAUUUUGGCCUGAAGGCUCUUCUGGUGAGCUUUGUGUAAGAGUAGUGGGCCAUGAAAGCUCAUCCAAACCAUUUCUGUUUAAAGCCCAGGAUAAUGGUACUCUGCUGAGGCUGGAAGAACUGAAUGGGGGCUUACUGGUAGAUGUGAAUGUGUCUGAGCAUUCUACUCUCAUAAGCUUCUCCGACUACCACGAGGGAGCUGCUCCAGCUCUUAUUGUUAACCACACUUCAUGGGACUCUCUCCGAUAUAAACAGAG